AUGGCUGUGCUUCAGUCGGAGCUCCUGCUGCCCCUGCUGCUCCUAGUUCUGUUUGGCAAUACUGCGAAAGGACAGCGGGACCCAGAGGUGUUCUGUGGAGCUUGCAAGGCCCUUGCGGACGAGCUGACGUACGAUAUUAAGAAAAUCGGUCCAAAGAGGACUGUGAAUUCAGGGACAUUUCGACUAAACCCUGAUGGCACGCGAGGGAAGAAAAAGGUCCCUUUUGCAAAAUCCGAGACCUUUUUAACGGAUGUUUUGGAAAAGAUAUGCGACCGGAUGAACGAUUACCAACUUCAAGACGAUCCAGACACAAACAAAAAGAUAUUUAAGAGAUAUGCUCCUCGGAAGGAUGAGCCAAUCUAUGCAGAAUAUAAAAAAUACUUUUUUUAUUCUGAUGCUUAUAAGCCCUUAAAAUAUGCGUGUGAGACUAUCAUAGAACAGUAUGAAGAUGAAAUAUUCUCACUUAUCGCCCAGGAGGCAGACUUUCUGGCUGACAGGCUGUGCAUUGAAAAAUCAGGUCUUUGUGAAAAGCCUGAGACACAUAGUGAACUCUAG